AAGUGCACCAACCAUGGCGGCCGCAACGAGAAAUGUGCGUUCCCACGAAAAUAUCGCUAAUACCAUUGAAUAUGUGCAGUGCGAUGGAUUGGCCGUAAUGAAAAUGGUUAAGCACUGCCAUGAAGAGUCAAUGAGCAAUAUGGAAGUAGCUCAGGGUGCUCUUCUUGGUCUUGUGGUGGAUCAAGUUUUGGAAAUCACCAACUGCUUCCCCUUCUCCAGCAAUGAGGACAACAUGGACGAGGAUGAUUAUCAAGUAACAAUGAUGCGUCGUCUACGUCGUGUUAAUGUUGACUACUUCCACGUUGGUUGGUACCAGAGUGCCGACGUGGGCAAUUUUCUGUCGCUACCAAUGCUGGAGUCGCAGUACCACUACCAAACGAGUAUUGAGGAAUCCGUCGUGGUGAUCUACGACACGCAAAAGUCCGCAAGGGGCUUCCUCACGCUGAAGGCGUACCGGUUGACCCCGCAGGCAAUUGCAAUGUACAAGGAGGAGAAUUUCACGCCUGAAGCUCUGCGAGCACUCAAGAUUAGCUAUGAGAACCUCUUCACAGAGGUACCCAUUAUCAUUCGUAAUUCCCCAUUGACGAAUAUUAUGAUGAUGGAACUCACGGAAUUGGUUCCGGAGGAGGAUGGGACGCAUUUCUUGGAUCUCGGCACGGCGUCUGUGCUUGAGAAUCAUCUACGGUGCCUCAUGGAUCGUGUUGAUGAGCUCAAUCAGGAGGCAACCAAGUUCAAUAAGCAUUUGCAGCAGGUGAAUCGGCAGGAGCAGGAGCGGCAUCGUGUGCUCACAAAGCACGCGCAGGAGAAUGCCGCACGUAUUGCCAAGGGUGAGGCACCACUUCCUGAGGAGGAUGUCAACAAGAUGUUUAGACCCAUCACCGUACCACCACGACUAAACCCGAUGAUUGUCUCCGGCCAGAUCAACACCUAUGCGCAGCAUAUUUCGCAAUUCUGCUCCCAAUCGCUGGCUAAGCUCUACAUGACCCAGGCGCUACAGGGUGCAAAGGAGAGUAAGCAAAAUUAGACGGCAUCACAAGCUACCGGAGCAUUGCGUGGGAAUGCCAGAAAAUAAUACCCAAAAUAAUAUAAAUGGAACAUUUCUCAAAAGUCUA